AUGGCACUUUACAAAGGAAUCACUAAGCUCCCGCUCGAGGUCUACCCCAUUGCGUUUAUGGUAUCGUGCGCUCUAGGUUUUGGCUCUUAUAUUGCAUUCAAAAAGAUAGCAUACGACGGUGACAUGCGUUUCCGUCCCAAUCAGGGCAUUAAGGACUGGACUGAGCGUCUCGAAACUCUUAAAAAGUCCAGCAACUAA